AUGAGUCCGCCGAAAACAUACGUGGAUACUGCGAAAGCCAAUGCUGACCCCACCAUCCGGGGAUGCAGUGGGAGUAGCAAAGCUAAGACAGCAGCCAUCUCUACUGUACCGCAUGUGGUCAGGGCGCCUCUUGCCAAAGCCUUAAAGGUUGGAGCUACUGGCAAAGGCUCGAGUAAACCCAAUGGGGUCAAGAAAAACAUCCUAUAUGAACUAGAAGAUCAAAUAAAGGAGAUCAGUGAGCGACUUAGGUCACUGAAAGCAACAGAGGGAGGCCAAACUGUUGUCCAUAAGACACUUUUGAUCCUCAGCAAUGAAGAUCCGCUAGCAAAGGAGACGAAAGCUCGUCGGGAAAUGGAUAGACGCAUGGUGCUAGAUAUCCUAAGGAUAGCUGGCAUGGAACGUUGUAAACUCAAGAGUUUCCACGGAGUGAGCAUAUCGGGGGAGGGGACAAAAAAUGGUCAGCCCCGAGCGGCUAGACCACUUCUAGUGGAAUUUUCCGACCAAUCCAGUAGAAAUCUACUACUGGCAAACUCUGGGAGAAUAUUCAACGUAACACGGGGUAGCAGUGCUGGGUGCCCACUCAGUGAGCAUACCAUCGAAGGCAUUCUGGACGCUCGAUUGGCCGUGUCCAUAUUCAGUCCAUAUUCAGGCGGUAAAAGGAAUACGUCGAAAAAGAACAAGGGUAAACAAAGCAUUAGUGUUAAACCGACAAAGUCGGUGGAAAUUAAGUUGAAGACGAAGGGGGAACAAGCUGCUAAGAAGGAAGAUAAAGAAUCGGGAGUGAUUGCCGCUCUAAUUUCG